GAGGGACUCUACGACGCAGGCAGUUGGGGUUCUACCAAUGGCACGACCGUAAAGCUCCAUGCAACGAAUUUUGUAUUUUGGUUCGCACGAGCCAUUCAAGCCAGUAGUGAAGUGACAAACCAACGCUGACCACGAUGAACGACGCGCUGUCCGUAGUGGGUCAGCUGCGGGACCUGGCCUCCGAGCCGCAGAACCGAGAGGCCAUCGUCCAGGACCAGGGCUGCCUGCCCGGCCUGGUUCUGUUCCUGGACGUCCAGGACGAGGAUGUGUUAUUCGCAGCCCUGCAGACUCUGCGCUACCUGGCGGAGCAGCCCCGUAACAUCCCCAUCAUGAGCAACGAGCUGGGCAUGAUGGUGAGCCUGGAGAACCUCACAGAGAGGGCGUGUUUGUCUGGUGAAGUCCUGUCCCUGGCCAAAGAGGUACACGGCAUCCUGAGCGCGCCUGUUAUCCGCACACCAGAGAGGGAGAGGAGGAAGAAGCCCCAGUUCUUCAUUAACGCCACGAACAAGAAGGCCAAGUCUGUUACCCUGCACAUCCAGGGACUGGACAGCACUGACCAGCGCGGCUUGUGUGAAGAGGCUCUUCUCAAGGUCAAAGGAGUGAUUAGUUUCACCUUCCAGAUGGCCACAAAGCGAUGCACUGUCCGAAUCCGCUCAGAUCUGACAACCGAGAGUCUUGCGUCAGCCAUCGCCGAAACCAAGGUUCUGUCUGCCAAACAGGUGGUCAAGAACGAGGCCGGGGAAGAGAUCCUCCUCACCCUGAAGCCGUCGGGAGUGGAGGUGCAGCAGAACAGCGUCCUGCCGGACUACCUGCCUGAGGAGGAGGAGGAGAGCCCGGAGAAGGACCUGGGCCGCGCCGUCUCCCGCCCCGCGGCCCAACAGGAUGGCAGCGGCAGCUGGAUCAAUGCCGCCGCCAGCUUCCUCUCAAAGAACUUCUACUGGUGAACCCAGAGAGCCGCUCGGAGCUGCUGCUGCUCCGCUCCGAAGAGCAGGCCGCGGCGGCAGCUGUCGGAGCGUGACUAUCUCCUGGAGAAACGAUGGGUGGUUUCUCUGAUUCUUUGAGAAAGAUUGGUUGGUUGAGUCAUCACUGCAGUUCCGUGGUGUUGCAGUGCUGGAUUGUUUCAUGUCAUUUGUAAAUAUAGAUUUUCUUUCUUC